GCCAAAAGAAACUUACCGAAACCACUAUGGUGGACGAUAAGGGCGAAGAGCGACAAUCAGACACAGAGACAAAUCUUACGGAAAGCAAUUCGAGUCAGAUUGGGUGGGUAACUUUUGACGAACCAGACACAGAUGAACCAGAGUGCCUCAAAACUGCGGAUCACGAGCAAAUUUGUGCGCAAAAGGGACAACAUAUUGCACGCUUAGGUGAGUCUCAGCAAUGCUCUUUACUUGCUAAUCGAAGAUCGAUUCAUUGCCUUGAAAGUCAUCGAAAAUUGUUCAUCUUCCUACUAUUCCAAGACGAAAGAAGUGCAAUUUAAUCGUGGAAAUCAUGCAAGAGUUUUAAUUGGGGGAAAUUCCGUCACACGGCCUCAGUGAUCUUGAUUCUUGGUGCUGAGAUUGAUAGAUAAUUGAAUUAUCUCAAAGCAGCUAGGAUAGUUGAACUUUGAUUGGAACAGAUCAAAACGAAAAAAAAGAACUUAACUGAACUUACGUACUGAUUUGGAAUAUGCAAUUGUGGUUGUUAGUGGAUGUGAUGGCAGAGAAAAAAAUUAACUGAUGGCUACCGGGGCAAACUUCUCCUUCAACCCAUUAACUUAUAGGUCUGGAAUGACUGGCUUCUAAUUUCUCUUUACGGUAUCACCCCUGAAUCAAAUGUUGAAGUGUUGAGAAUAAAGGAAAUGAUCAAAAAUUAAAGGAGCUUAUGAUUAUUAAAACAAUUCUCCUUGUCAGCAGCUAAGGAAGUGUGUAGAGAACAGUAUGGAGAAUAUACAUAUGGAUGUUAGGAUGUAGAGGGUUAAUAAUGAUUCAUUGCAGAAGGGAUAGGUGUGAUGUCUGAAUUACUUCCUUUUUUCCUCAGAGAGGGAGCUUCAGAGACUGCAGGAUAAGAAAAGAACACCUCUUUCAUCCAAAGAAAUGAUAAAAACUUUGCAAGAAGCCAGAGAUACUCAUAUGAAACACUUUAUGGACAGGCCUGAACAAUCAGAGGCAUUUUUGACAGAUGGAGGUGAAAGAAAUGACAACUCUUGUUGCUUUCCUGUAUACAGAGUAGUGUUUCCUAAACAACCACUCAACAAUGAAGAACUUGAGUGCUUGGUCGAAGAUAAUGAGGAUAAUAAUCCUGAUAGAACAACUAGUGAAGCAUGGAAGACAUGAUAAUAACACAUUCUAGCCAGUUUUUUGGGUGAAAAGGUUGAGCAUCCAACAAUUCGAUCAGACCUACCUUUCACUGCAUUGAAAAUAAUAAAGAGAAGCUGGUAGCAAUGACCUUUUAAUGUGAGAAUGCUCUCAAUUUUGUACUAUGAAGCCAAAAUCAAAUUAAUAGUAACGAUAAUAUUAAUUCCAAUACUGUGAAUACUAAUAAUAAUGAUAAUAAUGAUAAUAAUAAUGAUGAUGAUGAUGAUGAAGUUUGAUGAGGGAACCCAACUUGCUAAAGUGGAGCCCUCAAGAUCAUAAUUAAUAAAUUACUAUGUUGAUUUUGUAAAGAAUUAAGUAUUAGAAUCAAAAUCUUAAAAUAUGAAAAGAAAUAGUUUUCAUUUUUGCUUUAACAACCUAACGAAAAAAUGUUUUCCUUUCAAAUUAAACAAAAGUCUGACAGGCCAAAGUUUGUGUGCCUCAGUUAGUUUAACGAAGAGGCAAAUAAAGAUGUCUGGGUCUUCUUGUGUUGAAAGAAUUAACAGCUUGAUUGUGGAUAAAAUCAAAGUCCAAAUCAGUUUUGUGAAUUACAGACAUUUGUGUACAGUAAUCAUGACAGAGGGACUAAUCUUCAUUAACCCUUUAACUCCCAGAAGUGAUAGAAAUAUAACUUCUCCCCAUGAUGUUCAUACAUUAUCCAGCAAACAGGUCAUGAGAAUAUUCAAACUUAUCAGGUUGAAGUUGUUAUCUGGAUCUAACACUAAAUUCUCAACUAAUUUACCAGGAAAUGUGUAGCAGCUAGAGGGGAGAAGUAAUAAUCACAUCUUGGGAGUUGAAGGGUUAAAUGAAAUACAUGGCAUUUUGUUGUGUGGAUGAUAUGGGAGAAUAAAAAGGUCGUCAGAGGUGAGCUGAAAGUAGAGAAAUUUAUGCAAAGAAGCCUAAAAAAGACCAGGCUUCAAAGGGAUCACAUCCUUGUAAUUUAGGCAAGAGAAUUUGGUGCUAUAUCAGGAUUACACCCUUAAGCUGAUAAGCUUUUCUGAACUCAUAACCUGUUUGCAAGAUAGCAUAUUGGAACUACUAGGAGAAUUUAAUCAUUAAUCAUUUCUGAGAAUUAAAGGUG